UCUGUCUGUCUGUAUCUGACUGCAUUGCAAUGGCCACCAAGCAUAAACUUGAUUCAAAGGAUCCCCACUACCAAGAGGGGAGACGCAUGGCUCUGGAGCUGAAACAUGAACACAUUCUAGCUGAAGCCAGGAGAGCAGCUGAUCAGAGAAAACGUGUACGAGACCCUCCACACACCUUUAAAAGGGACUCUGUAGGACGUGGUAAGCCGAGGGGGAGGCGAGGAGGGCGACGCCAAGCCUCCGCUAUAGCCACAUACCCCACAGUUGAGUGCUCCCUGUCAUCCAGUGUGGAGGUUCCAUUUACUGCAACCUCAACAGAACUAAAUCCUCAAGAGGAAUUUGAAAAAAAUAUGGAGAGGCUCUCUGAUAUUUUGGCGUCAUGUGCUUCUGCUGCUGAGCCUCAAAGAAGCUCUGCCUCAUCAUGGUCUUUUCGGCAGCAGAAAGCCUCAGAGCGCUGGAAAGAAGCAAGACCAUACCACCUUAAAUGCCUUAUUUCAAAAGAGGCUGUUGGUCAUCCCCUGUUAUUAGGUUGGUUUUCAUUAAUAUCAAACUUCAAUUACCCAGGGUGCAGAGAGUGUCUUCCUGAGGAGUGGUUCUGUGGGGACUGUGAUGUAUUGCAUCACAAAAAACAGCCACUCCACAACAGGGAAUGCGUGAUUCGUGGGUUUUUUCAACCCAUUCCUCCAACCUCAUGCAUCAUUAAAGGGGAAGAUGGAUAUUGCACCCAUGAGCAAGCUUGCAUUUUGCCAACUGUGAAGGUGCCAGACUGCUCCUGUGGAGCCACAAACUUCACUGUGUUACCAGGCAAACCAGUGAUUUUAAUUACCAUCAAUGGGCGUUUUGACUUGCAUCAGCCACUAUAUGUAUGUCAAACAUGCCAGCAGCAGUGGACCCCUGACAUGAAGGACCUCCUAAGAAGUGGAUAUUGGCCAGCCUCUGUCCAGAACUCCACACUUUAUACACUGGACCUCCUAAGCUCCCUUCAGGAACUCAAGAUCAUUUCUCCGGGAUUCUCCAGACAAGCCUUCGCAAAGCUGCUGGAGCAUCGCACUAAGUGUGGAGGAAGAUCUGGACCUAUCAACGGCGAUGCACUGCAGCGCAGCUUCUUAGAGCUUUCAUAUGCAUCAUUUGAGGAAGACCAGCUCUGCUGUAGUGCUCCUUUCACCUGCCCAGCCUGCACGCCGGAAAUGUUGGCUGUUUCAGCAGAUGGAAACAGAAAGCUAUAUCGCUUUCGCCGAAACGGAAGCUCUGAUGAUCCUGGCUUUUUUGAGGGGCUCUUUGUGGCUGAAGACAGUGCGGUGUCUAGAUUUGUCGACACCAUACAGAAAGCAGUGAGAAAUGCAAACACAGGGAAGAGGCACACGUGGGGACUCCCAGUGGACAGCAGCGAGGGAAAUUUCAAGGAGGGCUUCAAAAUUGGAUGA